CCCCUCUCCCCGUUGCCCCGCUAGCGCCCGUGCUCACGGAAAGCCCGGCGUCAUGGUGCUCGACCUGGACCUCUUUCGCGCGGACAAAGGCGGCGACCCCGAGCUUGUGAGGGAGACGCAGAGGAAAAGGUUCAAGGAUGUGUCACUCGUGGAUAAGCUCGUUCAAGCGGACACGGAGUGGAGGAAGCGUCGCUUCACUGCUGAUAAUCUCAACAAGGCAAAGAAUUUAUGCAGCAAGUCUAUUGGUGAGAAAAUGAAGACACGGCAGAGCGUGCACUGCUACAGCUGUGAUCCGGGUUUACUGACGGGCAACUUCAGUGUCUGGACGCCACCUGCUCUGGGCAGUGGAAACGUACAUGCUAAAAAAGAGCCAGUCGGUGAAGAUGAGACUCUUCCCGAGGACGCACAGCACUUGGAGGCAAUCACAGCAGACACGUUAUUGCCACUGACCGUGACUCAGAUUAAGAAGGUUCGCUUGCUGGUGGAUGAAGCUAUUCAGAAAAUGGACACUGAGAGGCUGAAGUUGGAGACGGAGCGCUUUGAGUACCUGAGAGAGAUCGGCAACCUCCUGCACCCUUCUGUGCCUAUUAGCAACGACGAGGAUGCCGAUAAUAAGGUGGAGCGCACUUGGGGUGACUGCACGGUGCAGAAGAAGUACUCGCAUGUGGAUCUGGUCAUCAUGGUGGACGGAUACGAAGGAGAGAAAGGGGCCGUCGUAGCCGGAAGCAGAGGCUAUUUCCUCAAGGGACCUCUAGUCUUCCUGGAGCAGGCUUUAAUUAACUACGCCCUGCGGAUCCUCUACAGCAAGAAAUACACUCUCCUCUACACACCGUUCUUCAUGCGGAAGGAGGUCAUGCAGGAGGUGGCGCAGCUCAGCCAGUUUGAUGAGGAACUAUACAAGGUUAUCGGCAAGAGCAGCGAGAAGUCGGAUGAUGCUGCCAUAGACGAGAAAUACUUGAUUGCCACUUCCGAGCAGCCAAUCGCAGCCUUCCUGAGAGAUGAGUGGUUGAAUCCAGAGGAGCUCCCCAUGCGUUAUGCCGGCAUCUCCACCUGCUUCAGGCAGGAAGUCGGCUCCCACGGCCGAGACACCCGGGGCAUUUUCAGGGUCCACCAGUUCGAGAAGAUAGAGCAGUUUGUGUAUGCCUCUCCUCACGAUAACAAGUCAUGGGAGAUGUUCGAGGAGAUGAUAGGAAUAGCAGAGAGCUUUUAUCAGGCACUGGGAAUUCCUUACCGCAUCGUCAACAUUGUUUCUGGCGCUCUGAACCAUGCAGCCAGUAUGAAGCUGGACCUGGAGGCCUGGUUCCCGGGUUCCCAGGCCUUUAGAGAGCUGGUCUCCUGCUCCAACUGCACAGACUAUCAGGCCCGACGCCUGCGCAUCCGCUACGGCCAGACUAAGAAAAUGAUGGACAAGGCCGACUUUGUGCACAUGCUCAAUGCAACCAUGUGCGCCACCACCCGCGUAAUAUGUGCCAUCCUGGAGAACUACCAGACCGAAGAAGGCAUCAUCAUUCCAGAGCCGCUCAGAGUGUUCAUGCCUCCAGGCUUAACGGAAAUGAUAAAGUUUGUGAAGCCAGCUCCCAUUGACCAAGAGGUGACCAAGAAGCAGAAGAAACAGCACGAGGGUGGAAAGAAAAAGAAGAAGCAUGCGGGUGGCACCGACCUGCUGAACAAAGUGGAGAACAUGUCUGUCAGUGACUCUUAGACCUGCCCUUCCUCUCACCGCUGCUCCGCGCAAGACCUCCGUGCGAGUCCGUUAGCCCGGUGGCCGGUUCAUACCACCCUUCAUCCAUCCUCAUCCUUUUCCCAGUCCUCUUGCAGGAGGUGCUGAGGGCCAACUUAUUAAUCUGAGGAGUGCAAGUCCUUUCCAUGUAAUGGUCGCAUUUUCAAAAUUGCUUUCAUUAUAAUUCGUGGUCCGAUGGUGGUGCGGAACAGCAAAGAUCAAAACAACUGUAGUUCUGGAGGCUGCUUUGAUGUAAUUGAGAAUAAAAUUCAGGAUACAUACAAAGGGCGUAAACAGCAGAACACUGUAAUUUCAGGGCAGUGGUGGGGUAGGAUGCAUGAGUCCGUUUAUUAAGGGAGCACAAAUUUUAGUCGUGCGUAGUCAAAGGAAAUCUACAGUUUGUCUGUUAGUUUAAGUGAUAAAAGAGGAAUUGAACCAAAACAACGCCAGUGGUUACCCAGCAAACUAUUACGAUGAAAAGGGAAGUUGGCGGUGUAUCUUGUAAGUCUUGGGAUCUGCCUUGGGAUUCCUGCUUUUGAUGUGUCCCUGUUGCUGCUGAAAAGAAAAUGCUCUUCAUUUUUUGUCAGCCAUUAUAUACAACAUUUGCUUGAGAAACCUUGUAAGAGAUGUUGGUAUGGUGGCAUAUAAUAAAUGUAUUAUGGGAAAUGUGUUGAAA